UUGAAGUUCCUUCAUUAUUCAAUAAGCUAGCUCGUGAACAUGUUGGUGAAUGGAUUGUAUAUUCUGCUUUUUAGUUAUACAAUAGUGAGUGUUAAGACUGCAAAUAUUUUAGCGUAUUUUCCAUGUCCGUCAAUCAGUCAUCAAGUCGUGUUUCGACCAAUCACACUAGAAUUGAUCAAACGUGGGCACACUGUGACCGUACUUACAACUGACCCCAUUUUUCCCAAAGGAGAAACACCUGCAAAUUUAACAGAAAUUGAUUUACAUGAUGUAUCAUACAAUUUAUUGAGGAAAAACUUGCAUACAUUUUUAAUGGGGAAAACAAGUGAUUUCAUACAUCAAGUAUACCUAAUGAAGUACUUUAGUCCGCAGAUGAUUGAAGCGCAAAUGAAUAUAACAGAGGUUAAAGAACUUAUCAGUAAUAAAACAGGAAAGUUUGACUUAAUAUUAGUUGAAGCGUUUUACCAAAGUUUAGGAAUAACGCACGUGUUUGAAGCGCCAACAGUUUUGGUAAGCUCUUUCGGUUCAUUUAUUGGGAACUAUGAAAUAGUCGGUGCGCCAACCAAUCCUCCACUUUUAUAUCGAAAUAUUUUCAGUCUAAAACUUUAUAAUAUGACUAUUUGGGAAAAAAUAAAUGAAUUGUAUACCCAAAUAAGAAUAAGAUACACAUCGAUUGCUUCCGAUGAAGAAGAAAACAAAGCUUUGAAAAGAAUAUUCGGCCCUGACACCCCAACUCUAAAUGAAUUGAAAACUAAAGUGGAGAUGUUGUUUUUGAACAUAAAUCCGAUUUGGGAGGGAAAUUAUCCCGUACCACCCGCUGUUGUGCAUAUGGGUGGAUUGCAUCAAACACCACCAAAAGAAUUACCAAAGUAUCUACGCCAAUUACUGGAUGAUUCGACGAAUGGUGUAAUUUACUUUAGUUUCGGCUCAAAUGUCAGGCCUUCAUUAUUGGAUCCGGCGAAAAUUGACAUAUUCCAUAAAGUGUUCGCCGAGCUACCUUACAAUGUGAUUUGGAAAUGGGACAAUGACAGUUUACCACCACGAUCUGAUAAUGUUAGGAUUUUCAAGUGGCUACCGCAGGCAGAUCUAUUGAGACAUCCAAAUAUAAAAUUAUUUAUAACACAAGGAGGUUUACAGUCUACUGAUGAAGCAAUCACAGCCGGUGUACCGCUAGUUGGCAUACCAAUGUUGGGAGAUCAGUGGUACAACGUUGAAAAAUAUGUUUAUCAUAAAAUCGGUGUCCGGCUAGACUUUGAAGAAUUGACAGAAGAAAAGUUGAAAAAAGCCUUAUUAGACGUAGCUGGAAAUGAAAGUUACCGAAACAACAUUGUAAGGCUUCGCAAUUUGAUGCAAGAUCAACCACAAAAGCCACUGGAAAGAACUAUUUGGUGGUUGGAAUACAUACUGCGGCAUGGCGGUGCGAAGCAUCUUAGAUCACCAGCCGCUAACAUUUCCUGGUCCGAAUACUUAGAAUUAGAACUAGUUUUCUUUAUACUUAUUUUUCUGUUUACAUCAUUAAUAUUAGUUGUUUUGGUAACAAGGUAUAUAUUCCGAAAAUUCUUUCAACUUUAUCGAAAUUGUAAUAAGGAAAAGGUUUUGUAA